ACUUAAAUACAUUUUAUUUAAAUAGAAGCGUCAAUUCAAAUUCAGAGUAGUGUCUUUUAUGCAAGUUCAAUUAUUAAAGGCGUUGUCUUUCGCUAAAAUAUAACUAUUUGUAAUCCUUAAAAAUGUUAUCAUUUACACUGCCUAAAAUUUGUUUAUUUAUUUUUUAUUUCGUAUUGCUCAUUAAAGCAGAAAAGAGUAGUAAGAAUAAAAGGGAUAUUUUAAUUAGUCUUUUCAAAAAUCCUGGAUGGAAAAAUUUAAAUGACGUACAUAAAGUUUCACUUAGAAAAAAAGAUUAUUUUUUAGAAAAGAUUAUUGAUACUUCUAAUAUAAAUAUAGAUAAUACCAAUACUAAAGUAAGAGCUGCAACUCUCAUACUUUCUUGUUCGUAUGCGAAUGAUUUGAAGAUGAUUUUUUUUAUUCUCCAACAUUUUUGUGAUGCUUGCGAAAAUUUACCUGGAAAAGAUAAUGAUAUAACAAUCAAGUUCAAUUGCUUAAUGAGACUUGUGAAAUCAAUAGAAAAUCUAAAACUAUUAGCUACGUUAUUAAAAGGAACAUUAUACCUGUUGGAUUUAUUACAUGUAUAUCGAUGGAAUACAGCUAAAAAGACUGAUUUUUUUUUUAAUUAUUUGUUAAUUAAACUAACAGAAGUUCAAAAAAUUUUAGAAGCACAUCCUCCUUCAACUACUGAAUCAAUGAAAAAUUUACUUUCACUCGGAGUUAUUGAUGUGUUUGUAAAAGACAUUGAGAGUAACAUUGAUAAACAUAUAAAUUUAUAUUGUAAAUUGGUACCUCACGAUUUAGAUUCAUUAUGGAAAAAUUUUAAUGAUGAAUAUAAACAGACUGUUGUUAUAAUUAAAAAACUUCAGUUCUUUGACUUUUUAAGCACAAAACUUAACAUGAAAAUGAAUUCAAUUUUUUUAGAAAAAUAUUUCAAUCUUGGGUUUUUUUAUGACGCAAAUACUCAGAAAAUGUCUAUACCUACACGAUAUUACGACACAGAAAUAGCUUGUUUUAGUACAAUGUUUGAGUAUGAGUCACAUUAUGGCAUUCAAACACAAUUUGAUAUUGAAGCAGAAACGUUAAAUAAAAGUAAAACUGAAGAAAUACCAGAAUUUAUUAAUCUCAUAGAAAAAGAAGAAAAAUAUUCUGCUUCGUCUCAAAACAAUUCUAUAAAAGAAGGACUACACCCCGAUGAUGCUUUAACUGAAAAAAAUGUUGAAUUUAUUGAAAUUGACGAAAAUAAAACUAAAUAUUUUAAAUUUUUUUAUUAGUGACUAACCAAUUUUUUCAACAAUUCUCUUGAAAAAUAUUAAACAUAUUUUAACUUAAAUAUAUGUCACAAAAGUUUUUAAAUUAACAUUAUAUUAUUUAUUUUAUAAACAUUUCUGUAUGUCUAAUUGAUCAUUAUUAUUAUUAAUAAAAACAAUUAUUGUGUUAAUAAUUUAA